AUGCCAUCGGUUGAGCGUAACAGCCUCUACCUGACGCUCGACUACAUUCUCAAUAAUGGGGUCGAGAACAAAUACCGCUGGGGCCUCUGGGUAGGGAACACCCUGCACCAAGCUACAAACGUCGUCGUCGACGACAAAGCCAGACGCAUCGUCAACCAUUACUCUUACCAGAAGCAGUCAAUCAGCGACCCGACCUCGUCCAGAACAAGGGUGGUGAUCCUCAAGGUUUGCGACUUGUCGGCCCCGGCGGUCAGCGGAAUGGGUCAUAGCAUUCUCGAGGUUGAGCCUUUUGCCAACAACGGGCAGCCUCCUGCCCGAGAGUACCAGUGGACCAGUCGCGUCUGGGUCAAGUACGUCCUCAAUAAGCUUAAAAACAGACGGUUAAUUCAGCUUCCCUCCGACACUGACACGAUCGAGGAACAGGCCCUGCUCACGGCCAAUCUCAAUAUCAAUUACAAGGGCAGCGGCGGCAAGGUGUUUAACGAUCAUAGCUGGCUGUCGGAUGCUGUUGGAGACACGGAAGAGCGCACAAUCUAUUCGACCCGCGUGCCCUUGGGCAUUGUCGCUGCCAUUGUCCCUUGGAACUGGCCCAUCCUACUCGGCGUGGGCAAGGUUGGUCCGGCUUUGAUGACGGGCAACACCAUCACCAUGAAGCCGUCACCCUACACGCCAUACUGCAAGCUGGAGCUCGGUGAGCUCGCCAUGUCUAUCUUCCCUCCGGGGGUAUUCCAGGUUCUGAGCGGAGACGGCAACCUUGGCCCUUGGAUGACGGAGCACCCUGAUAUCAACAUGAUCAGCUUUACCGGCUCGAUCCCCACAGGUAAGAAGGUCGCCGCGAGCUGUGCAAAGUCCCUGAAGCGCUACGUAUUCGAGCUGGACGGCAACGAUGCCGCCAUUGUGUGUGACGACGUGGACAUUGAGACGUGUCUCCCCAAGAUCACCACGCUCGCUUUCCUCAACUCGGGCCAGAUCUGCAUGUUGUGCAAGCGCAUCUACUUCCGCGACGCCAUGGUCGAGUUUACCAAGAGGAAUAUCAAGACGGGCGGCGGCUUCGAGCCGGAUGUGGUAGUUGGUCCUUUGCAGAAUCCCAUGCAAUAUGAGAUUGUCAAGGACAUGUACGCACAAAUUGAGAAGAGUGGCUGGAAGGUAGUGCUGAAGGGGAAGGUGCGCGAGACAUCCAAGGGCUACUUCAUCGAGCCGGCCAUCAUCGACAACCCACCCGAGGACUCGCGGAUCGUCGUGGAGGAACGCUUUGGUCCGAUUGUCCCGCUGCUGAAGUGGUCAUCCGAGGAGGACGUCGUCCACCGCGCCAAUGCCCUCGAGACGGGGCUGGGAACUUCGAUAUGGAGCAGGGACCUGGUCCGCGCCGAGAGGAUGGCGCACCAGAUCAACGCCGGCAGCGUCUGUGUCAACUCGCACUUUGACGUGACGCCGAAUGUGCCGUUUGGCGGACAUAAGGGGAGCGGAAUUGGUAUGGAAUGGGGUCUUGAGGGGUUCCGGCAUUUCACCAACUCGAGAAGCAUCUGGGUGUGGAAGAAGGUGUUUAGCUAG